UAAAAACAAAUGGAAAAAAGUGCUUUAAGGUUCGACAUUAAGUUUAGCAGUGAGGUUAAGGUUAGGUUUACGGUUAGGGUUAGGUUUCAAAUCUGAUUUUAUGACUUUGUGGCUGUGCCCGCUGGUGCCCAGCUGCCUCCAGGGCAAGAUUCACGACAAGAAAUGCUUACCAGACCCCCUUUGAUUUCACAGGAAACGAAACAUAGAGAAUCGAUUUGCAGAAGUGCAGUUUUCAUUACAUUAGCAACUACUUCCACCCCUGUGGCUAUAUAAGCUGUAUAAUUUCAUAAGGGUUGGGAAAGAACCACGACGCACACAGCAAGACACAAGAGUUUCCAAGCUGGUUGGUGAAAAUGCAGAGUCGUGGAAUCACUCUGUGGCUGCUGUUGCUUCUCCAUGUCCCUGGACUGGACUCUGCAACAUGGAAUCUAUUCGGUAAGUCCUCGACAGAGCCCACACAGGAGGGCGAGGUGAGGCUGGUGGGGGGUAAGCAUGACUCAGAGGGUCGAGUGGAGGUGUACCACGAGGGGAAAUGGGGGACCAUCUGUGACGAUGGCUGGGACCUGGCCGAGGCUCAGGUGGUGUGCCGUCAGCUGAAGUUCCCUGGCGUUGUAUCUGCUGUCACUGGAGGGACUUAUGGAGAGGGGUCGGGUUCAAUCUGGUUGGAUGAUAUGGACUGCAAAGGAACCGAGAAGUCCCUGUCCAGCUGUUCUUUCAAGGGCUGGGCGUUGACCGACUGUUCCCACAAGGAGGACGCAGGGGUCGUUUGUGAGAGAGGCACAGAUUUGACCAGUGACACAGCACAUUUCCUGGACCACAGUCUGGGCCUGUCAGAUGACCUGGGCGAGCUGUUUGACCGUGGGGAUGACUGUGACUUCCUCAUCACAAUCCAGAGCCCCACAGGAAACAGAGAUGAGGAGGGGAAGUUGGAAGUGGAGGAGAGGAACAUCUGCACCCACAAACUGAUCCUCUCUCUCUACCCACACUUCAACAUCACCAACGGGUCCAGUAACCUCUCCCUGGAGAUGAGUCAAGCCUGCAGUUCCUGUGUCACCAGCUUCAUCAGGUACCUUUACACCCGCAAGAUCGACGUGACCGUUUCCUCUGCCCAGUGCCUCCACAAGCUGGCCUCAAAGUUUGGGGUGAAACGUCUGAUGCAGGACACCGGCAGGCUCUUCACCGUACUUCUCCCUGAGGACCCCUCCUUCUACACCCAGGUCUCCCUGUACCAGUACUCCGUCCAGACUGGGGACCUGCUGCUUCAGGAGAACUGCCUCCAGUACCUGGCCUGGAACUGUGAGGCUCUGAUCAAUUCCCCGGCCUGGAGUGACCUCUCCACAGACUUCCUGAUGGCCCUCUUGGCGCGGUCUGACCUCGUGGUACCGGAUGAAGGGUUCCUCCUGCAAGCUCUGGAGAGUUGGAUCAUAGAGAAGGGUGACUUGACCGGCACCGAGAGCCAGGCGGCCCUGUUAAGCCACAUCCGCUUCCCGAUGAUCCCUGCCGAGAAGCUCUACGAUCUGCAGUUCACCUCAGAGCUCUACAGGAGCCACGAGAAGCUCUAUCGUGUCAGCAUGCUCAGAGGCUUCCAGUUCAACGCCUUGUCGUUCGACACUCUGAGGAAGCACAAAAGCAGUGAGAGUGAAGAAGAGCAUGAUUACCAUCCCAGGAUCUACACUGCUGAGCCAUGGAGCGUCACCAUCAACUCAACCAACAAAGAGCCACCACGCCAAGCUAUGCGAUAUGAUUACAACAGGCGCUACAAUAACUACCAACCUUAUUACCCCACGCCAGAAUAUAGCAAGUCAUUCACAACACCAAACCACAAUAGUGUGAUUUACCAGACCAAGGAAACCAACCCCAUCAGUUGGUCAGCAAGAGUCUUUAAGAACCAACGAGAAUGUUCCAGGUGUAUUUCCUUCCCCACUGCCAGUCUCUCUCUCCAAAGCAGCCUCAGACAAAACCAGACCAACAGUGUUCACUUCAGCAACCGACUGCUCCUAACAUGUGAGGGCAGGUAUGUGUUUCACGUCCAGGACUUCAAGAAUGACAUGGCCCAGAUCCCUACUAACAGCAGUCUGGCCCUGUCCUACCCCUGUCCUGAAGGCCAGUAUGACUUUCGCUUUGUGGUGAGACCAGAAUACAUCUGAUAGCACUGCCUGGCACAGAUGCAACAAUGCUCCUAACACACAUCCACAAAUCUAAUAAUGAUGUCCCAUUGCCAAUCAAUUGCUAAUUUCUUUUAUUCAAGAGUUUGAAAUUAUGGUAAUGUGGUUUUAGAAAUAUGUGACUGAUUUGAUCAUAACCCUUUGUUGAUUUGCUGAACGCAUAUCAACAUGUAGCACUGCUCUUACUUAAGUAUUAAUCAAAAACUAUAACAUCUCUGCUUGCACUUGAAUAAAGGCAUUUGAACAUGCA